UCCAGACCUCCCUUCGUAUACACCUCACCGGACUCUGCCUACAAUACCUUCAGAUUAUCAUGGAAAACAUAUUCAGGAUUGCCUUUUUGAUGCUUUCUCUCUCAGUUGGUCUUCAAGGAAGCCCGGCUACCAAUUUCUUGAAAAUUGCAAAAGGAAUCGAACGACUACAAAUAAAUAUUACAUGUCCAGAAGAAGAUACAUUCUUCUAUGCUCCGUCUCCAGCGGAUGUAGAGAAAAGCAUUGCUGGAGCACUGGCCUGUUCUAUUCAACAACUGAACCACCUCAAUGACAACAGAAAUCUGCAGCAUCAUAUCAACAGGCUUUUGACGGUCCUACAAAAGACAUCUGAUGAUAUCAGAACGGACUCGUCAGAAUGCAGCCGUGAGAACCCGCUGUCCAAAAAGUCUUGUAAGGAGUUCAUGGAGAAUAUGAUCAGUUUAGCUAAAGCUCUAUCUGCCCAACGGUCCCCAUGAUAAAAUAGGUUCUAGCUCCCAGUUGCAUGGGGGGAGGAUGGGGUCACAGGAAGUAGAUUGUCAUUGCACUGAUACUAUAUAUUAUCUCUUAACAAUUUGUGUAACAUUGUGUAACACCAGCUUUUAAAAUAUAUAUAUAUUUAUAUGUCUAACUGGAUGUCCUUAACCUGGUAUGAAAGCCCUACAUAAUGAAGGAUGGGGCUACUGUAGGUUCUGUUUAAUGAUGUGAUAUCCAUAUACUGUGCCUGAACUGC